AAUGGUUUUCUGGUUUUGGGUUUGGUUCUGUCUUCAUUCUUUCUGCUUACCAAAUAUUUACACGCAUUAACUACUAACAUGAAAAUCACAUCAACGACGUUGACUCGCUGCUCUCCCUGCUGCUGAUUGAGAGACGAGAGCGCAGUAUAAAAGUCGCAGUCUUAAGUCAGAAAUUUCUCAUAGUUAAUGUGAAAGUGUGGGCGUUCAGUUCAAGAAUAAUGCAGUCUAUCGUCAUAUUAAUAUUUUCAAGCUUUUGCCUGGCCUUUGCCCAUACACAAUUGGUGGCUGAGGCGAAUGAAUCGACGGAAUUUACUCUUCGAAAUGGAACUAUAACUGCUUCUGCACGUCAGGCUCGUCGUCGGUCAACUCUGAUUGAUAGUUGCAUCACAAAUAGUGGCGAAACAGGCACUUGCCUCACACGUUUCAAGUGCAUGCGUCAAGGCGGCACUGUCAAUGGCUACUGUGGCAGUUAUGGUGUUUGCUGUGAAACGAACUUGCAAUGCGGCGCUGUGUCACGACAGAAACGCACUUUGAUACGAAAUCCGGCUGUCUUGAAUGUGGACACAUGCACUUAUACCAUUGAGCCAUAUAGCUCAAAUGUCCAACAGUUGCGUAUUGAUUUUGAGCAAUUUGAAUUGAGUCAACCCACUGUCAGUACGGCAGAUAGUUCCAUGCUGGAGUGCCUGGAUUAUUUCGAUGCUGGUGGCUUUAAGUUCUGUGGCCUUAAUACUGGACAGCAUUUCUAUUUGCCCUUUAAUGUGGCCGCUGGCAUGGAUCAGAUUACGUUAAUCUUUUCGGUGGGCACACGUCAGACAGCGCCAAGUUGGCGUUUGAUUGUCACCCAAUUGGAAGCACCAAUGGCCAGCAGUAAACGUAAGAGCUCUGUGAGUGGCGUAAGUACAAAUACUUUGCAGGACUUGCGUAACAUUUUCGCUUCGCAUCAUGCCGAUUAUGAUUUGCUGGCACCGGCUGGAUGUCAGCAAUAUUAUACCGAAUCAACGGGUACUAUACGUAGCUUCAAUUAUCAAGCCUCAUUGGAUUAUAAUUAUAUGCCCAGUCUUAGCUAUACCAUAUGCAUUAAAUCAGUGCCCACAACUAGUGUUAUUGAAUAUACCUUCAAAAAGUUCUCCAUGUCUGUACAAACGGGCGAUGCCGAGGGCUAUGAUGAGUCGUGUCAUGCCACAGUUUUGACUACUGGAAGGCAGGAGGAUUAUCUAUUGAUACCGCAAGGUCUAUUGGCCAAAGAUACUUCAUAUCAGCCCACUUACUAUUGUGGACUCAAUAAUGAUCUGGUUGUAUAUGCUCGUCCACCUUAUAUGAUACAUUUUAAUAGCGAUGAUGUUACCUAUGAUCGCACUCUGGAGACAGGUUUUACCAUGACUUAUCUUUUAAGGUCAACAAUUCUUUAGACUAAGAAAUAAAAUUCAAUUCAAUUUUUGUAUGUUAGAUUUUAAGUUAAUAA